AUGUGCUUGCAGCCAAUCAAUCUUGUUGCAAACAUGCUCCGGUUAGACUCUGAGCAUGACCAUCAAGAUCAAACAUAUAACACAUGGUACAUGCCAACUUUCUUCACGUGCAAAUUACAAAAUGCCGAACCUGACCUUACAACUACUUCAAUAUAUUUUGAUGCUGAUAGAUAUGGAGGAAACAUUGAGAUGUGUGAGAAGAUAUUUGUGCCAAUAAAUGAAGAUAACCAACAUUGGUAUUGCACACUAGUUGACUUUGUUAAAAAGAAAGUUUACAUACUGGAUUCGUUGCCUAAUUCAACAAAGCAACGAGGUGUUGUGGUUAGGAAGUUAGUGCAAGAUCUUGAUACUGUACUACAACACAAAUUUGCGAAUAAGUACAAGUUUCAGGCAUCGUCAUUUGAAUUUGACGAAUCUCCUAACAUUCCUAAACAGCUGAAUGGCAAUGAUUGUGGUGUAUACGUUAUUAAUUUCAUGAAGUCAGCUGAAGUGGAACAAAUGAGUUCAAUCAUGUUUCAAUCCGAGACUGAACGUUUUAACAUUGCAAUGGAAUUGGUCCUACACCCUAAGAAUGCAUGA